AUGCACAAUGUAACAAAUGUCGAUCUGACAAGCUAUGCCACCAGCAAGAGUACUGACCACCUGGUCAAGUUGUUGGCAGCCAAAUACAAUCGCUUCUACGUCCGAGUGGUGGGCAUAAACCCAGGACUCGUUCCCAGCAAUAUGAAUCCUGUCGGUGUCGAAGGAAAAACCUUUAGCUCGUUGUUUGACAAGGUUCCAGCGAAACGAGCGGGCGCUUCCGAAGAUAUGGCGGGCACGAUCCUGUAUCUUGUGAGCAAAGCAGGAGUAUGUGCUUCAUGA